AUUGCGACCUCGAGCACCCGUCCGUCCUUCGAAUGCUGGAAAAUGUAUUUUUUAAAGUUAUCCUUGUUUGUUGCCCUAGCGGGUUUUGGUGCAGUUCAUGGAGGAAUUUUCGAUAUCUUAAGUACUGAAUCAGAUUACAAUUUGGCGUUUGCCAUGGACACCUUGUUCGGGCUGGUAAUUAACACUACGGAAUUUUGGAUCAAUGGAAACAAUACGGAUCCAAUCGACGUGAACGUAAAAUUGAUGUGUGGAAAUAGAAAUACAGCAUCUCUAUCAAGAACCUACAUCAACGACGCCAAUUUAAAAUCAAAAAUCGAUACUUCGAAGCCGAUUGUUUUCAUUACACAUGGAUGGAUAGACAACGGAAACCGCGUUUGGAUCAGGGAUUUAAAGAAUGACUUCCUGACAUAUUUUGACACGAACGUUUGCGUUGUUGAUUGGGGCAACUUGGCAAUUGUGGGAUACAUGAUUGCCGUGAAGAAUACCUUCGAUGUUGGGCAAUACGUAGCGCAGUUCAUUACGUACCUCAGCAAUCAGGGUAUUCCACUGAGUAAGGUAACGCUCGUGGGUCACAGCUUAGGGGCACAAAUCAGUGGACACAUUGGCCGCAACCUAGGUGGCCAAGUAGGUGCAAUCUACGGCUUGGAUCCUGCGGGACCGCUGUUCACGAUGCCUUUCGAUGUGGGAACUGCAAAACGCCUGGACAAGUCGGACGCCAAGUACGUUCAGACGAUCGUCACGUCGAAAUGUACUACCGGUGUUUGCGCAGGAGAUGGACACGAGAAUUUCUAUCCCAACGGAGGAUGGGUGCCCCAGGUGAACUGUGGCGUGCCUUUGCUUUCCAAUGCCGAGAGCCCGGAAUUGAUCAGCUGCAGUCACUCACACUCGAUUACGUUGUUCCGAAUGUCAUUGAAUCCGAAAAAUGUUUUCACCGGAAAAGCUUGUGUGGAUUACUUUUCCUACUAUGCGUUGAUGUGCUUCUUUAGCUCCACCACAAAAAUGGGCGUAUAUUCAAGUCGGAUUGGUGGAAACUUCUACGUUAAGACUUCAGCGUUUUCACCGUUUACGUGAAUGAUUUAAAUGGAGAACAGCAGGAAAAACGGAUGAUCGACCGGUAUGGUUUAUAUUUUUUGAACGUUGGUAAUAAAGUUAUCUCAGCAAGGUCUUGUUCUAUAUCCAA